AUGUGCACUUCAGAUGACAACGAAUACAAAAAGUCGCCUACUCCAGACUCUUCUGCAGAUACAAACAGUGCUCUCGGGACAAAGAGAAGAAAGAAGAGAAAGAACACCAACGUGGCAUGCGUGAACUGCUCGAGAUUACAUGUUUCGUGCGAAGCCAAAAGACCAUGUUUACGAUGCAUCGGUAAGGGUCUCACAGCCACAUGCGUCGAUGCUCCAAGAAAGAAAAGUAAGUAUUUGGCAGGGAUACCUAACAGAGAACUUCCAAUGAACAUACAACCGGACCACCCACCUCGUAAGAUUAUGAUACCGAUUUAUAAUAAUUCCAACAAUAACAGUACCGUGAACAUAAAUAACAUGGGGGAACAGCAAAAAUUUACCAGCCCACAGCACAUUGUCCACAAGGCCAAGUUUCUAUCGAACGCUGCCGAUUCUGAGUACUCUAUUCUCUCAAAUAUCAUUCAUCAAGACACGUUAUCUAAUAAAAUCCCUAUUGACAUUUUAUAUUCAAACACUAAUUCCACAUCCAACUCCACCAUAGGUAAUAGCAGCAAUAACAGUCCCACGGGAACAAAUACGAGCCCUGAAGAAACUGAAAUGGAGAAAAUCCGCCAGAUUUACAGCCAACAGCGAGCAAACAUGGCCCCACACCCGUAUCCAUCUUCCAAUCAAAACGUUUAUUCUAUUCUACUGGGACCAAAUUCGGCCAAAAUCGUGGCCUCGCAGGUUAAUCUGUUUGCAAACCAUUUCCCCUUGAUGCCUGUUGACUCAGCUGAUAACUCCUUGAACUUUAAGAGAUUACUGCCACGGGAUCCAUCAGAAAAGAGCUCCCAGAUAAAUUGGGAUGCAAGCAUAAACCAGUAUUACUUGAACAGCGAGAUGGUAACAUUCCCUGAGCUGGCGAUCCCAUUGAGGCGGAAGAAAAACCACUUAGUCUCUGUAUCGCUGGAAAGCUGCUCUCCGGACGCCACAAAUAUCAAGAGCAAUGUGGAAUGGGAACAUUCACUACGAUACUCUACGCCAAUGGAAAUAUACACGUCCAUAAACGCCGCUUUUUCGCAUACACCUGGAUUUCAUCAUCUUUUGGUAUACCUAAAACAUCGAUUCAACCAGCAGGAUCUGGUGAAGAUGUGUCGGUCAAUCGCCGAAUUUCGGCCCAUUUUCAUUGCAUGUUCUGUGACAUUAACUGAAGAGGACAUGAUAUUCAUGGAGCAAUGCUACCAAAGAACUUUAUUAGAAUAUGUAAAAUUUAUCGGACAGAUCGGUACUCCGACAUGUAUUUGGCGAAGAAAUGGCCAAAUUUCCUACGUCAACGAAGAAUUUGAAAUCUUAUGCGGAUGGACAAGAGAGGAGCUGUUGAACAAGAUGACCUUCAUUGUGGAGAUCAUGGACGAUGAAAGCGUACGUGAUUAUUUCAAAACGCUCUCGAAGGUCGCGUAUAGGGACUUUAAAGGAUCUGAGAAGAUGAAAGUUUGCAGACUCUUAAGUCCUAUCAAGGGUAAAAUAGUUAAUUGUUGUUGUAUGUGGACACUAAAAAGAGAUGUCUCCGGGUUGCCCCUGAUGAUCUUGGGUAACUUCAUGCCCAUACUCAAUUGA